AUGACCAACUCAAGGAUCCUGGACUUCUUCUCACACCAUCCUGAAAGCUUGCACAUGUUCACCUUCCUAUUCGACGACAUAGGCAUUCCCCAGGAUUACAGGCACAUGGAUGGCUCUGGUGUUCAUACCUAUAGACUCAUCAACAAGCCUGGGAAGGCACACUAUGUGAAAUUCCACUGGAAACCAACUUGUGGUGUCAAAAACCUGUUGGAGGAUGAGGCCGUGAGAGUUGGAGGAGCUAAUCACAGUCAUGCCACACAAGAUCUCUUUAACUCCAUUGCAGGAUGGAGCUAUCCAGAGUGGAAGUUGUUCAUUCAGAUAAUGGAUCCUGCUGAUGAGGAUAGGUUCGAUUUCGACCCACUUGAUGUGACCAAGACCUGGCCAGAGGAUAUCUUCCCUUUGCAGCCGGUGGGGUGAAUGCUUUUGAACAAAAACAUUGAUAACUUCUUUGCUGAGAACGAGCAGUUAGCCUUCUGUCCUUCUAUCAUUGUCCCUGAGAUUUAUUACUCGGAUGAUAAGUUGCUCCAAACUAGAAUCUUCUCCUACUCCGACACUCAGAGGCACCGCCUUGGACCUAAU